CGCCUUAUUCUCCGAAUAAGACGCAUCUUUUACCAACGGUUAAAUUUCCUUCUGGCAAGCCUGGAAAGGUAAAAUAUACGAUCGCCGCAAAGGGCAGGCCUAUAAAUGGGGGGUUGUUGCGCACUAGACAGCCCUGAGGCCCGCUUUGUCUGGAAAAUCAUCUCGCAAUGUGACGCGCGUGCGAUUGCUGUGACUGAACCAAACACGCAAAAAAACCAGCUCAAUCAGCCAAAAAAACGCCACAAACAUGUCCACAUUUCAUAGUGCAUCCAAUGUCCAGCACCUCGGAACAAGCGCAUCCGCUGGUGCUUCUCCUGCCAUAUGAAAUGAAGAGAAACGGGUGCUUUUCCAGCGAUCUAGACCGUUGGAAAUGGGAAACGAACAGUUUGCUGUGACGAUUAUUUGCAUCGUGGUGGUGGCCGUGCUGUUGAUUCUGGUUUUCUACCAUUCUUUGAAUAUUCUGAACUGGAUCAACGCUUGGAUAUCGUCAAACAAGGAGGAGAAAGUCGGGCUUACGAGGCUGAAAGGCCAUUACAACGCCAACGGUUACUUGGUCCAUUCAGACUCAGACAUUCAACUUGACUGGAGCAGCGGCAGCUUCAAGCGCUUCGAUUCGAUCGAUCGCGACUUCAAGACAUCAGUAGCCACCACCAGCCUCUCCAAUUGGCAGUCGAAUGUCGAAGAGAUGAUACCUCCGCAGCCUCUCCGGCCUGCCCCCGUGCCAGGCUCCGUUUCCCCAUCCAGCCUCAAAGUGGAGCUCGAGGAGAAGGACUUUGCCCUCAAUAAACAAAAGCUUUUCACGGAGGGCCUAGUGGAAUCAACAUCCAUUUCGCCCAUCCCCAGACCGGUGAGCUCGGUAAAUAUGGCUGGGUUGGCAUCGCAGUCUUCAUUCCCGGUCAGUCUGGAUCCGCCUCCAGCACCCCAGGCUAGAAACGUCUCCCGCACUCAAAGCGCCCCUUUGAAGCUGAGCGCGCUUCCUCAGCAGCAGCAAUCCAAAGAGCUCAAAGAUAGCUCUGGAAGCUUUGAGGAAGCAGAAGUGGUUCCAGUAGCCAUCAAGCGGGCACUGUCCUGCGACAGCGUCUGUUCAGAAACUUCCGUCGCUCUCAGCGACUUGGAGGCCUUCAAUGUGACGGGCUAUCUUUGCAUCGGCCUAGAAUACGACAGCGAAAGUUGGGACUUCAUAGUGAAUGUACUGGAAGCCAAAGACCUGACGGGAGUGGUAAAAGUGGAUGGAUACUUGGAUACUUAUGUCCGAGUGUCGCUGUUGCCUGAUAAAGAGGCCACUAUACAGACCAAGGUGUAUCGGAGUACCAGCAGUCCCAGCUACAAAGAGCGUUUUCUCUUUUCACUCAAUCCCCGGGAGCAAAUGCAGAGGGCUUUGUGCUUCCACCUCUACGCGACUGACCUGGUAUCGCACACGCUGAUUGGUGAGGGCGAGCUGCGACUCACUGAUGUCAGUCUAAGGCAGCCAGUGACCACAUGGGUUACACUCACCGACACUGGGCAGAAAGGCACCGAGUUUGGUGAAAUCCUUUUCUCGUUGAGCUAUUUGCCAACAGCCGAAAGACUCACUGUGGUCGUAGUAAAGGCACGGAACCUCAAGUUUCCACUCACCUCCACCAUGGAGGUGUUUGUCAAAGUGUAUCUGAUGCAGCAGAAUAGGAAGGUGAACAAGAAGAAGACCUCAACGAAACGAGGUGAACGAUGUCCGAUUUUCAAUGAGGCCAUGAUGUUUAGCGUGCCGGCCCACACCCUUAAUACGAUCCAGAUGAGGCUGACUGUGUCCGAAGUGGCCUCAGAAGACAAUGUGAAGGCAGCUCCAAUUGGCCACGUGAUUGUGGGUUCGCAAGCGUGCGGACGCUCUCUGAACCACUGGAACCAAAUGCUGACGACGCUGCGCAAACCGGUGGCGAUGUGGCAUUCGCUGCGGAAGUAAGACGCCCCUUUAUUUCGUCUGCACCAAUCAUCUGGCGAGCUGCUGGGCGCCAAUUGAGCACACUGAGGAUGUGUGGCAUGCUGGCAAUCGAAACGCUGGAAUGUGCUGUUGCGAGGGCAACCAGAAACGAUAAACCCCGACUUGCUGAAUGUAAAAAUUCUAUUUUUGAACAUAUUUGCAUUUGUUGUAUAGUUUAUGACAAUGUUAACUUUACCAAGCCAACCAAUAACAAUCAACGUUGGGUAAGCGGUGGCGGCACAAAAGCCCAAAAGCGUUUUCCUGCAAACGCCACCUGUGCCCAGCUCUUUAUAGUCUAGCCUAUGCCUACCUACUACUGUCUGUAUAUGAUUAGAACUAGUAAAAGUAAGUGUGGUAACAUUCAGGGUAAGUAUUUUUGAAGGAAAAAGUGGCCUUGGCUGGGCCUAAGUCACUUUCUUCUUGGAUUAAUAUGUUUCAAUGUAAAUACGUGUAUAACUUAUUAAGUGUUCAUAAUUGCCAAUGAGGCUUUGGAUCGUUUUAGCUCCUCUUUCUUUCAUGGGAUGAUGGUGGAGGUUGUAAUCGGGCGGUCAAGACUACCUGCUUGUUUUCCACACAAAGAAAAUUAGAAAUUAUGCCUUUUAACUGAAAAUUACAUUACUUCAGCAACUUUUUUAGCCAGUUGAUCUAUUUAUUUUUAAUGCUUCAUUCAAUUCCGGCAAUCAUUCUUUAAAAAAUUGGGACUAAAGCGUUCGAUUGCCGCCUAUGGGAUGGUGUGAGUUUCUAAGCAAAUUGGGAUGUGAUAUACAGAGACCUCAAAGAUCAAAAGUGUUGAAUUAGGUGCGACGAAUCAAAAUGUAUUUUAACGUUGACCUGCUUGGAUCAGGUGCCCCCUUAAUAAUCAAACCGAUUUAAUAUUUCUUCUUUAUUCAGCCAACCAGUUUAGACAUCUUCCUAUGCAGGUCUAGUUACUCUUUAACCCGUAAAACUAUCUUAUAAGCCAAUGCUCCGUUUUCUCUUGCUCCUACAGACCCUUUGCAGCAUUACUUUAACAUCCAAAUCCUGCCCUAAUUCUUCCUCUCCUUAACGACAAUAACGUAUGAAUUGUUGCUGUUGUAUCAUGUAGCUGAGGAUUGCUGGAGAGGACUACCGUCGCCCAGUCAUCAAGAGUCCAUCAAGCUCUCAAUGUGGCUCUUAAAAUGGUUAAGGAGUCUCGAUCCAGAAAACCGCAGCUCUUUUCUCAAAGGCUUUUGUAUAAAUGUGCUGUGAUAAAACAAAUUGUACUGGGCCCACGUACUUCUAAUCUAUCCUUACGUGUAAUCGUCAUUUUUCAGGCAUACAUCGAUGUCAUUAACGUAUGGUAAUAUAAUGUAAUGAUACAAUAA